AUGGAUAUAUUAUCGGCAAAUCUUAAAAGAGGCCUCGCAAAUGUAGUUCCUGGUGAUCUUCCGUCUUCUGCAACUUUACUGCAAAAUAAUGACGAAGCAAAGGUUGUUUUGCUCGGAACUGUUCAUUUUAGUAAGCAAUCUGUAGAAGAUGUCUCCCAGAUAGUGAAAGUUUUAAAUCCAAAUGCAAUUCUCAUAGAAUUAUGUCGACAAAGAGUGUCUUUAUUGGAGUUGGAUGACAAAAAAUUUUUAGAAGAUGCAAAAAAUUUGGAUGCGAAAAAAAUAAAGCAGGCAGUAAAAGGACAAGGAUUUGUUUCCGGAAUGCUCCACGCUAUGUUGUUGAAGACAUACGCAGAUAUAGCAAAGGAGUUGGGUGUAGCGCCAGGUGGAGAAUUUCGAAGAGCUUAUCAAGAGAUGAAAAAAAUACCGGGUUGCAAACUAUUUUUAGGAGAUCGCCCGAUACAAAUAACAAUCGCAAGAGCUUUUCAAUCAUUAAGUGUUCUAGAAGUAGGACAAGUAAUUUAUCAUCUCACAACAGCAAAUCCUAAGCCACUAAAUAAAACUCAAUUGGAAAAGUAUAAAAACAAAGAUUACGUACAGGAACAAUUUCAAGAGAUUAUAAGAGACGUGCCUGCUUUCAAAAAAAUCUUUCACGUGUUCGUUGACGAGCGCGACAAGUGCCUUGCGUUUUCUUUGCAGGAAUGUGUCCGUACUGUUCAAAGUCCACGUGUGCUAGCUGUCGUGGGUAUGGGUCAUGUGGACGGUAUAACAAAAUAUUAUGGCAAAAUGAAGCAAGAAGAUAUAGUGCCAUUACUUUUAGUUCCGCAACGCCCAUUUUACUACAUUGUAUUGAGUAAAGGAAUUAAAUUCACGUUAUAUUUCUUUAUAUUUUCUUUUUUGUAUAGAAUUUUAUUUGGUUAAUAAAAUAUUUUUGUGUA